CACGCCAUAGUCCCUCUGUGCUCUAUAUUCUGCACAGUUCUCCGAGAGAGAGAGAGAGAGAGGGAGAGAGACGAGGAUGAAGAAAAAGGUUCCAAAGCCUAGCAAAAGUCGACAGAAACAGCACAAGAUCGGAAAACGGCGAUUAAAAAUUAGGGCAAGAAAGCGAGCUAGAGAAGAAGGUUUGAGUCCACUGGUGAAGAAGUACUGGUUACAGAGGUACGACCUGUUCUCCAAAUACGAUCAGGGUAUAAAAAUGGACGAAGAAGGAUGGUUCUCGGUCACGCCCGAAGAGAUUGCUGUCAGGCACGCCGUGAGGAGUGGCGGCGGAGUCGUCAUCGAUUGCUUCGCUGGUGUCGGCGGCAAUGCCAUUCAAUUCGCUAAAAUGUGUUAUCAUGUUGUUGCUAUUGACAUUGAUCCUCAAAAAGUUGAAUUGGCGUUUAAUAAUGCGAAAAUAUAUGGCGUGGAAGAUUAUAUUGAUUUUAUAGUGGGAGACUUUUUUCAACUUUCACGUACUCUGAAGGGGGAUGUGGCAUUUCUUUCACCACCAUGGGGCGGUCCAUCAUAUAAAACAAUCGGGAAUUUUACCCUUGAUUUGUUGAAGCCAAAAGAUGGGUAUUCAUUGUUUCAAAUUGCUCAAGCAAUAACUCCUAACAUCGUUAUGUUCUUACCUCGGCAUGUGGACUUGCACCAAGUGGAAGAACUUUCUUGGCUAUCUUCUCCUCCCUUAUGUGUGGAGAUAGAAGAAAGUUAUGUGAAGAGCAAUUUAAAGGGCAUAACGGUGUACUUUGGUGGUGCUGCAUUUGGGCAACUUGGGUUAGACUAUUAACCUUUUUGAGCUGAAGCUUGAUCUUGAUUAACAUUCAUGAUAUCUUCAUUGUAUGCACUUUGUCGAGGUUGAGGGACAGGAAGGGAGAGUUUUGAAAUGCUAGAUAACUGGUAUAAAUAUUUUCUGCUCAUUAAGUACAUUUUCUGUUCUAGUAACUAUAUUCAAACUCUUGAAGGGAAGAAAGAGAGAGAGAGAGAGAGGCUGUUAUAUUUCGGAGCAUUGCAUUGACAUUGUUGUGAUAAGUUGUAUAAAAUAUUUCAUGUACCUGGCUCCAUAUACUUAUUUGGUUAUUGAAUUUGUGUCCAAAAAAAAAAAAAAAUGGAAAAAUAAAUAAAGUGAAAGAAGCCA